GUCAUGUUCCUUUUUUCUCCUUGACUACAAUAUUAAUUUUCCCUCUGGCUAAUGUUUUGGUCCUCUUUUGAGUGAGACUUUUUCUGAUCAGACCAAACAGACAUUUUGGAUUUAAUUUUUUUUUCUGGGGGCAGGAGAAUGGCGUUAACACCACGAGAAGUUUUCUCUUUCAAAGACUCAGAAUUUCCCUCCCACCUACUUGCCCAGCUCAACAUCCUCCGUCAGGAGCAUAUCCUGACAGACGUCCUGCUCUGCACAGAGGACCAGGAGAUCCCGUGCCACAGGAACGUCCUGGUCUCAAGCAGCCCAUACUUCCGGGCCAUGUUCUGCAGCAACUUUUUGGAGAGCAGUCAGGCCCGAGUGAAUCUCAAAGGAAUCUCUUCAAAUGUCCUCAGUGGCAUUGUGGACUAUGUCUACACAGGCUGCAUCACUAUCACCAUGGAGAUUGUACUCCCGCUCAUGCAGGCAGCCUCCAUGCUGCACUACGGAGGUCUCUUUGAGGCAUGUUCUAUGUUCCUCCAGGAGCAGCUGAGUCCAGAAAACUGUCUGAGCAUGAUACGACUCUCUGAGAUCCUUCACUGUGAGAGUUUGAGGGAGAGGGCGAAGGAGAUGGCUGUGAGGUGUUUCUCUGAUGUCGCUGCGACAGAGGACUUCUGUGAGUUGUCUCUUCCUGAGCUUAUGUGUUACCUAGAAGAUGACCGGCUUUGUGCCGAGGAGGAGCAGGUGUUUGAGACCCUCCUGGCGUGGAUCCACCACGACCCAUUCUCACGACGCGGUGCCAUCCAUGAUCUCUUCAAGAAGGUCCGUCUUCGCUACAUCCAUCCAACUUACCUCUUCCAGUUCAUCGCCAAUGACCCACUGGUGCAGUCCUCCACCCUAUGUACUGAGAUUAUCGAGUCAGUGCGCCGCCUCAUGCUGACGGUCAGCACCAAGUGUAGCCGAGAACUGAAGCCGCUUUGGACCACGCCGCGACGUUACACCUGCAGUGAAACACUGGUGGUGGUUGGCGGACGCAAAAACAAUGAGCAGACCUCACGUGAAGCCUUGCUGUAUGACGAAAGGACUCAUCGCUGGCAGUGGUUGGCCAAGCUCCCCCUGCGCCUCUACAAAGCUGCAUAUGUGUGCAUUCAUAGCAUCCUCUAUGUGGUUGGUGGGCUUAGCCUCUGCAUGACAUCAGGUGACAGCUCAGUCAGCGCCACAGUUUACACACUGUCCCUGAAGACCAACCAGUGGCGGACUGCUGAGCCUAUGCUGGAGCCACGCUAUGCCCACCAAAGUGUCUCCUAUCUGCACUUCAUUUUUGUGUUAGGAGGCAUUGGCGUUGACAAGAAGAUCUCUCAGUCUGUUGAGAGAUAUAACAGUAUGUUUAAUCAAUGGGAGGCCAUGGCGGCCAUGCCCACAGCGGCGCUGCAUCCUGCUGUUGCAGCCAGUGAUCAGAGGAUCUACGUUUUCGGAGGGGAGGACGCGAUGCAGAAUCCAGUCAGGCUGAUUCAGGUCUAUCACAUCUCUCGCAACUUGUGGUCCAGCCUGGAAACAAGGACGGUGAAAAAUGUGUGCGCUCCUGCUGCUGUCAUUGAAGACAAGAUCUACAUCAUAGGAGGAUACACCAGGCGAAUGAUCGCCUACGACACCAAAGCCAAUAAAUUCGUCAAGUGUGAGAACCUAAAAGAGCGGCGGAUGCAUCACAGUGCAACAGUGAUCAACAACAAGCUCUUCGUCACCGGUGGACGCAUCCUCAACGGCCACGAUGUCAUCGAGGACUCAGACUGCUUCGAGUGUUACGACCCCAAGACAGACGUUUGGACCUCCAAAGGUUCUUUGCCCUACAAGCUAUUUGACCACGGCUCCCUGCCGCUAGUCUGUGUUUCGAAUAGACCCAACCCACCGUGACCCGCCAUCCAACCAGUCACUUAGGCAAAUGCUUUGCUGCAUGUUCUUCGCCUCCCAUUCGCUGAGAGUUAUUGGCCACUAACUAGACAAAUGGGAAACCAUUUAAAACUGACUGCACUCCUUUAUCACAAUUUAGCAGCAUGGCCACGAUGUUAUGAAGGACUCUGACUGCGUCGAGUGUUUAAGACCUCAAGACAGACGUUUGGACCUUGAAGGGUUCUUUAAAUGAACAAAGGAGAGCUCAGCUAAUGAGCAGAGGUGUCGUCACUAAGGCACCUGUGGUCGAACUGAGAAUCCAUGAGAUGACGAGAGGCAGAAGUAGCUUACUUAGCAAACAGCUGUCCAGACACAUACUUAAUCCAAAAAGCUCCUUCCACAGAUGGCUGCACUCAUUUGAUGGGAGCUAAACGUGUUAAUGCUUUAAUUUCACAGACAUUUAUACACAUCAUACUGCCAACAGCUGCAGUUGAUUUCCCCGUAACAAUUCAAUACAGAUAGGGUAUAAUAUCUCUUGCUGCUUGUUAAUAACCCUGCGAGCUCUGCUUCUCAUGUAAAACUGAAAAUUAAAGAUCAGACAAGAUCAGACAGCUAAUAUAAUUUGCACUUUAUAUAAAAUACAUUCCUCGUUUACCCGCAUGCUUCUAUCAGUGUGCACUAGCUGAUGAGUUGAUGGAUUGUGACAGAAUACUGCGCUCCCAGUUCAAAGUAGGCUACCGUAGUUUAUCAUGUGUGUCGAUGAGAGCAACAUUUUAUUUCAACAAUAUCUUUGGGCCAACUCUAAUCCAGGUUAGCUGGCUUGAUUCGUGACUUUAAGAAUUGUUCCUGAAACCCAUAACAAAGUAUGUUCUGUAUAGUCUCAUGUAAGUUUUCACUUGCAACAUAUGUAGUGUAUAUCAUAUGAAGUAGAAAAAAACAAUGUCACAGCACUAUUAACACAAGGGUUUUGUAUUUCAGUGGCCGUUUACAUUUAAUCUAACUAGAUGUUGGCUGAAUAAAAUGGCUUCAUGGGCAGCUGUCUUGAUUUGAGGACAUAUGACAAUGCUGCCUUUGAGGCAAGUGCAUGGCAGGGAUGCAGUGACCUGCUAAGAGGAUUUCAGGUUUUGCAGCCUGUAUAAUGCUCAUGCACACAUGUAACCCGCAGGUGGUUUCUCACAAACAUGUUUGUGUGAUCGGAAAUUCACCCUUCAAUUCUUUUGAGACCAAAAGCUGUAAUGUGUUAGUGGAAGAUGUAAGACAAUGAAACUGUGGAGCCUCUCUGCAGGCCUCGACUGUUAAUUAUGUCUUGGCUUUGUAACCCUCUUGACCCUUAUGGAGCAUACAUGCACUGUGCUCCAGCCCCUGGUAACAGUUGCCAUGGCAACCCUGUUAUCGCCCCAAUUGAUAAUGCAUGGCAUGCAUCCCUGUAGUGAAGAUUGCGUCACUGAUCAACUGUGAUGCUGUUACUUGCACAAUGGACUUCUUUUCUUUCUUAAAUUUUUUUUAUUUACUACUGUUGUCUAUGCUUGUCCUUUGGAUAGUGGUUUUUCUAUUAAGGAACACUGUUAUUUAUGCAUAUAUAUGUGGUGAAUUUUGUAUUUAUUGCUUAGAAUUUUUCUGCACAUGAGAAUAAAUAAUUAUUUUGUUUUUGGACAGUGGUACAAAUGUUGUUAUUGUUUCACUGAACUGUUUUUAGUUAAACUUGGUGCAGAUUUAAAUGGUUCUCCAUCUGAGUCAUGUCGCCCUCAUACUCGAGGGAACAUUGUUGACACGGGCACAGAAACAUGUUCGCUGGCUAUCAGGUGACACAUGUCUUCUGCAUUCAUCAUUUAAUAUUGCUUCAACAAAUAUACUGCAUAAUAUUUAACUUUGGUGUUUUAUAAUAUGAACUAUGACUGAAAGUUAAAACCAUGUAGCUGGCUUGAAACCAAAUAAACUGCUGUAUGUUACAUUA